CUAGCGUAAAUCCUCAGCACAGAAAUCAAGUGUGGAUAAUAUUUUGAUGACUGCACAUUGUGUAUUCCGACUUACCGAGUGUUCCCAUCUUAGUUGGAUUUUAUUUUAUAGGAUGUUUUGUAUAGGAAAUAGUGUGCGGAAAUCGGGUAGGAAGACAAAUAACGACGCUCCUUAAUUGGCAACUACAAAAGAAAGUGAAAUAGUUACAGAAAACUAGUGCUGAAGGAAACUCUAAUUUGAGGCUACACAAAUAAACUCACACAAAAAUCUGAACACUCUGUUUAUUCUAAAAACAAAUAUUCAAUUUUCUUGAAUUUAGCGAUUCCCAUAAAAAGUACUUCGAGCAUUCUACCGAUCAUUGAACUGAAACUUUAACCCCUAAACAAGCCACCAACGAUCCCAAUCUCGAUGAGGAAAUGCCCAUAUUCUCUAUGAAUAGGUACAAACCAUUUCAAGCUGAAGAAAUUAAGAGGAACAUAAAGUGAACUUAGAGUCUGGUUUAUUGAUUAUGUCAAGACUAGCAGUGAUGCCAGGCGUAAUCAAAAUUUUACUGCUUUAUAAUUGCUAUAUGGAAAACUAAGCCAUUAGUAGCUUCUUAAUGGACAUUGAUAAGAACUUAUAGUAAUUCAUGACUGGGUGUGUUUGGUUAAAUCUAAUUUAGUUAUUUUGUGAAAAAUUUGAAGUGUUUUGACAACCUUUAAAAUAAUUUUUGAAACACUUUCAAAAUGUAUCGUUUAUGACUUUUUUGAAAAAUAUUUUUUUCUCUAUUCAAGCAAUGAAAUAAUUAGUUUGUGGAAGAACUGAUUUGUAUCGAGGGAUUAGAAGAUUGGUACCAAGUAUAUAGGGAUGACGACCUUGUAAGCAAUUGUCUAAUUCGUCGGAGUAUAUGUAAUAGUGUGAUUUAGUUUGGAGGCUAACAAUCAAUUAUGCAAUUGUAAUCUAUCAUCGUGAGACUUUUGUAGGAUAUGUACGUUAAAGGUCCAUUUGGAUGGAGAGAGUUGAGAUCCUUCAAACGAUGGAGGGAGAGUUCUUAACAUGAAUCAAGUCGAUAAUCCAAAAUCGUUCUAUCACCACUGUGGGAUUGCAACUAUGAAAAUGUGUAUAGAGAAUAUUAUUUAGGGUAAUUACAAUGAGUGACAUUCUUUGACUUCUAUUAAUGAUAUAUUCUAUUAGGAAUAUGGUUUACCAUAAUAGAUAUCUAAAUUUUACUAUAUUUGUAUCUUUUUACAUUUGUUAGAUUUACAAAUAUUUUGAAGGUCCUAAGAAUUAACUUCGUAUUAAAUAAGUUCACUCGAGGCAUAUAUAAAUUGGUUCAAACGCUCACAAAUAUAAAAACAAAAUACAAAUACUUUCAACAUGUAAAUAAGUAAAAAGAAAAAAAGAAAAAGGGAAAAGAAAUCAAAGUUGGAGCAGCGGAGAGCCGAGAUGCUUCUCGUCCAUUCACGUUUUUCUCCUCCUCAGUUCUUUAAGAACUCCCUUCGACGAGGAAAUUGCCGGCCAUAGAACCCACGCGCAACAGCCGCCGCUCAGCACCAGUCGCCGCCGUCGUGCCUCCGCCUCGCCUUCGUCUAGGUGCAGACGGUGGGUUCCGUUUUUCUCUCUCUAACUUGUUUCUGCCGUUCCCCCCCGUGGGCCAGUCCAGUCUCCGUCGGUCCCGUCGUUCUCUCAGUCUGCAGACGUCGCUAAUAGGAGAGAUUGAGUGUACAAGUUUCUGUGGCUGAGUUGAUUAAUUGGUGCCCUAAAAUCCCAUUGUCGAUCGUCUUUCCCUUGCGGUUAAUUUCAGGCUCCGGCCAAAGAGAAGGACGCCGAUGGGGUUUAUCAGAAGUAGCUUCUCUUUUAUAGCGGGAACGGUGAUCGGGAUUUACGUGGCUCAAAAUUACAACGUUCCCAACAUCAGGAAGCUCGCCAAUACCGGGCUUGUGAUGGCCAAGCACAUCGAAGAGAAUUACAGGAAGCCAAAGAAGAGGGAGGAUGAUGAUUGAUUUGAAAACUUACGAUCCAGGGCAUUCACAUUUCCAUUUUGUGAUAAUGGAGUUACAAUUAAAUUGGAGGACCAGAGGUGGUCAAGAAGAGUUGAACUUUAAUAGGGAUUGUAAUACUAUGAUUUGGUUUGGAGGUAAUAGCCUUUUAUGGUGCAUCAAGGAAAGUGAUUGUGACACAAGUGCACGCCUUUAACUUUGUACCAUGAAACUUGAAAGAGAGAGGUGGGUGGACCCUUGUAAUGUAGAUUGUAUUUGGAUUAAAUUAUCUCAUGUUGGCAUCCAGCUAAUAUUUGGAAGAUCAUUUGCAUAAAAUGUUCUUUAACUAGAAGCUAAAAGUUUUCUCAAGUUCCUGACAAAUUUUAAAUAAUUUUUGCUCGGAUCAAUUAUGCAAUUGGAAUAUUAUCUUUGUGAGGCUUGUAGGAUAUGUACGUUAAAGGCCCAUUUGGAAAGUGAGAUUUGAGAUCUUUCAAACAAAGCUAGGUUUAGCAGAUAAAAAAGCCUGUGAAUGGAGAAUCAUGUAAAUUUGUCUUCACGAGUUUACCAGGUGUAUUGUCCUGUACUUAGUUUAAUACAGCAGCUACUUACUUCCACGAUGCAAGAAGCAAACAACAGUCUAUAAAAUCCGAAAGAGUACUAAUCGUGUAACUAAAAGGUAAACCAGGAUCUGUCAGAUAGGGAACCUAGGAGAGGAGAGGAGAGAGCUAUCUUGUCCCAUACUUGGUGUUAACAUUUUUGCUUCAUGGAUUUUGCUUUGUGUCAUUACGAUUUGAAUAGUCCUUCCAUAGACUCUUUCUUUGCGACUUGAGCCUCUAUUAGGUAGAUUCUGGCUAAGUGUUGUAUUGCUGCCAUCACAACAGCACCUAGAUAUGUGUGUUUGGGAUACAUUGCCUGACCAACAGGCACUUCAUGAACUGAUAUUUGUUUGAAACCCAAGAACUCAGUUAUUAAAAAUCAAGUUAUAUGGUCUUGCUCUGCUAUAUACUUGUUUUCAUCAUGAUUCUUAUGUUCAUUAAAUGGUGAACAGUCAAAU